GGAUAGAGUUGGAGGACGUUACUCGCAAAAGGAACGCGAGGGAUUCGCUUUCCUUCAACUGGCAUUUCCAGAAGGGGACAGGGGAGCUAGGACGUUGCCUACUUUUUUAUUCAAAGGUAUUUGCCCCCCCCUCACCACGGCCCUCCCCUGCGUGUUACGCUGCUUCCCCGGCGAGCCGCCCUGGGCCGGGAGCCUCUUCCUGCCCCGCCCCCCCGCCCCCUCCAUGGGCAGGAUGACGCGCUCCAAGACCUUCCAGGCCUACCUGCCCAACUGCCACCGCACUUACAGCUGCAUCCACUGCCGUGCCCACCUGGCCAACCACGACGAGCUCAUCUCCAAGUCUUUUCAAGGGAGCCAAGGCAGAGCGUAUCUCUUCAACUCUGUGGUGAAUGUGGGCUGUGGUCCAGCAGAAGAGAGAGUAUUGCUGACGGGACUCCAUGCUGUGGCGGAUAUUUACUGUGAAAACUGCAAAACCACACUGGGGUGGAAAUAUGAGCAUGCGUUUGAGAGCAGUCAGAAGUAUAAGGAGGGGAAAUUCAUCAUCGAGCUGGCUCACAUGAUCAAGGACAACGGCUGGGACUGAGCAUGUACAGAAGGUGGAGGGGGUUACCUCUAUUCCACUGUCCACAAUCCUUGCACCUCCUUCAUACAUACACACAAACACACGCACACACUCACACACAUACACACACACACACACUCACACACAUACACACACACACACACACUCACACACAUGCAUACACACAGACCCACACACACACACACACACAAACACACGCACACACUCACACACACAUACACACACACACAGAGACACACACACACAUGCUGACACACACACACUCAUGCACUGACAUACACGUACACACACACACAAAUUAUGCACACACACACGUACACACAUUACACACAUGCACACACACAUUAACUUUUACACAUGCACACACACACGUACACACACAUGAACUCAGGCACGUGCACACACACACUCACACACACAGACAUGCACACACACACACAUACACACACACACAUCCACACACACACACACAGAAUGUGCAGCAGCAGCACUAUUAUCCUGAAACAGGAUUCACACCUGGGUGAUGUAUGUACCUGAACAUCUCUUUCAAUCCCCAAUUUUCAGACAAGACAUAUUGCUAACCAUACAUACAUACAUGCAGUAUAUACAUAUAUACAUACAUACAGUACAAUCAGUAGUCCAAAAUACUCUUUUAAAAUAGUCAGUAAUGUGCAGGGACUUUUAAUUAAUUUUAGUCUGGCCCAGGUCUGGCCCAGGUUUGGCCCAGGUCUGGCCUGGUUCACAAGGUGCAGAGUAGAGCUGAUGAAGGCUGCUGACGGUGACAGUUCUGACGGUGGCCUGAGGUGGCGCUGAUGUACACUUGUGACCUGGUGACCUUUUGGAGAGCCUAGUGGGGGGGUUAGACUCCGCAAUUACGGCUCUCUGCAGAACUGAAUUCUGGGGCAUUUUUAUGUGUUCAAUUAGAUUUAUUUCUAUACUGUGUUCAUUAUUUAUUUGUCAUGAGUCUGGGACUCCCCCUUCUGUGGAAAGCCCUGUCCUGUGGUCCCACCUGUACCUACUCUCUACCUGUGCACACCUGUACCCACUCUAUAUCUGUGCACACCUGUACCCACUCUCUACCUGCGCACACCUGUACCCACUCUCUACCUGGGCACACCUGUACCCACUCUGUACCUGGGCACACCUGUACCCACUCUCUACCUGGGCACACCUGUACCCACUCUGUACCCGCGCACACCUGUACCCACUCUCUACCUGGGCACACCUGUACCCACUCUGUACCUGGGCACACCUGUACCCACUCUGUACCUGGGCACACCUGUACCUACUCUCUACCUGGGCACACCUGUACCCACUCUGUACCUGGGCACACCUGUACCCACUUUCUACCUGGGUACACCUGUACCCACUCUCUACCUGGGCACACCUGUACCCACUCUCUACCUGCACACACCUGUACCCACUCUCUAUCUGCGCACACAUGUACUCACAGCUAGCAGCAGUCUUAAGAGAUCUGAGACUCUGGGUACGGUGUUUUACGCCUUUAUAAUGCGCUGUUAAGAUCCACUCUGAAUGUACACCGUGAAUCAUGUUUCAUUCGCACAGCGAAGACCCUAAAAGUGUGUGUAGGGAGAAGACUGGAGUUUUGGGGGAGAGGGCACUUGUUGUUUUCUUAUCCUGGGAUACCCCCUCAUGUUUACCGGAGUCAGUCUGUUACACUGCCUCUUAACGACUUCUUAAACAAACUAAAACAAUAACCCACAGUAGAAUAAGGUUUUUUCACUAUUUGGGGAACUGGAGUCCACCGGUAGCCAUGGCAAGUGCCUGGCGAUGGAAAUGCCCAAUCAUAGGCUUUUUAGAAAGCUCCAGCACAACCAAAGAAUCCACCCAUCUACGAUAAAUCGACCAAUCAAGAGAUCUCAAUUUUGAUGGGCAAAGUGGCUCACAGGAAGGAGGGUUGUGAUUGGCUGAAAGGGACAGCCCUUUCUCUUUGAUCUAUUGCAUCAUUUGCUUUUGUAAAUUAUACAUGUUAAUAUAUUAUAAAUGAACGUGAGUCAUAAUUUAUGUCUUAUUGUUGUAUGUAUUACACAAUGUAAAUAGUCAUGUUUAAUGUUUGUUUUUAUUUAUUAUGAUCGUGAUUAUUAUUGUUAUUAUUAUUAUUAUUAUUAUUAUUAUUAUUAUUAUGUCUAUGCUGUGUAUUCCGUCCCCAGCAGGGACUCUAAUAUUUGCUACUUUUUUACGAUUUGAAAAUGUUUUGAUUUCAUUGUUUUUUUGUAAAGGACAGAAGAUGACAGUGAUAUUGGAACUUGGUCAAUAAAGUCGCCCUUCUUAUCGAUCCUCA